ACCUGCCCCUCAAGAUAAUUUACACCUGACAUCAACCCAAAAUUUGUUCUGAGAGAAAAUGAGCACAUCUACUGCAUGUCUUGCUUGCAAGAAACAGCAUCUCAAAUGCGUCUGGGGUCCACAAACUGCUGGAGAAAGUACACAGACAUGCCUUCGAUGCGCUUCGAUGGGCAAGGUUUGCGCCACAGCGCCCGUUUUUCGUUUCAAGCACUCAGCUAGGUCAUCUCCAAAUCAAGUUUGGGUCCCUUGUUCAAGGCGAUUACAAUUCGUCGAUGAGACACCUGAUGUUGAAGGUUAUUAUCUGUUGGACUCGGAGAGUCAAAGCCAAUGGCAACAAAUCCAUGAUGACACACUUCAAUCUCAUAAUGAACAACUUACGGAUUUUGGGCCUGUUGCCUCUCCAAUAUCUCACACGCAUGCAUUUGAGAUCUGUAGAGGAGAUGGAGCCAUUGCAGUAAGCAAGGACAAUCCUCGCAAUCAUGGCCCAAUUCCGCACAGUUCGACACUGGGAUUGGCCAACGUAGAAUCAGUACCCUACCCCUUGACGGAGAACCAUGAAGUAAGAUUGAUGCAAUACUAUUUGACUUACAUGUGCACAUGGUUCGAUCUAUGCGACUCCAGACGCCACUUUGCCAACAUUGUGCCCCCUCGAGCAGCGUCUUGUCCGACUCUCCUCAAUGCUAUCUUUGCUCUGUCCUCCAGACAUCUCAGCCUCAACGCGCAAUAUGACCCCUACGCCUCUGAUCGGUACCAUCAAGCAUGUCUCAAGCACUUGACAACAAUUUCAAACGACUCUUCAGCCCUCAAUGACGAUAACCUACUCGCAGCAACUAUCCUUCUUCGAACCCUCGAAGAACUAGAUGUUCCUCUUAUCGGCACCGAUCACGAAGGCCACCUGCUAGGAAUACAGCUAUUUAUGAACACUUGUGACUCUACAACGACUCCCAGUAGCCUCCGUUUAGCCUCGUUCUGGAUUGGUAUGAGACAAGAGGUGACGAUGAGUUUUGCCAGUCAAAGGCCAGUCAAGAUCAGGCUCGACCAUGGAUUCAUGGAUCGGUCUCUCUCUGCAGCUGACGAUGAUACAUGGGCAAACCGCAUUAUUGUUCAUAGUGCAGAUGUCAUAAACUACUGUUUUGGAAACAACGGUCCAAAUCGACAUCACUACCAAGAACUGAUUGACUAUGAUCAAGCUUGGCUAAGAGCUCGGCCAGUAUCGUGGCUGCCUAUUGCCUAUAGUGCUUCGAACGAGAGCUUGGGCGAAGCCUUUCCACAUAUUGUUUAUUUAAAUCACGCUGUCGUUAUCGGCCAAGUUCAUAGCAUAUUUGCUCGUAUUCUCCUCAUGUGCCAUGAUGAUCGGGUACCACGAAUUGGACCAUCUGCUCAGCUAGCUCGGAAGCAAAUCGAUGAUGAUAUCCGAACCCAGGUCCGAGAUCUUUGCGGAAUUGCUCUCUCAAACCCCUCCACGAGACCAGCCACGUUUACGGCCUGCAUGGGGGUGACAGCAUGUGGAGAUCGAUUUACCGACAGACGGGACCAGAAAGCGUUAUUGGACGUGUUAAUGUUGACCCAGAAUACUCAUUCCUGGCCCACUGCUUCAGCACAGGACCAUUUGAAGAAAGCAUGGGGGUGGGUGGAUUCUUGAUAUUCAACCUUGGAAAAAGAACUUAUCAUAGCUUCAAUUAGUUUUAUCUUAUAGUAUAACCUUUGUCACAAUGGCUGAAGACUUGGCAAGUUGGGCGAUUUCGAUAUCUG